AAGGUUGGACAUCUUCGACUCGUAUAGCUAGCCUAUACUUCUCCUUUCUCAUAUAGCUCUUCGUGGGUUCCUACAAUGGCUUCUUAUUGCACGACGGGGUCCCAAUUUCUUUGCUUGGCGCUGCUGCUAGCUUUGGGAAUUUGGGUUUCCCAAGCUGCAGCUCGCACUCUCCCAGCAGAAGCAUCUAUGCUGGAGAGGCACGAGCAAUGGAUGGCUAGUCAUGGUGUCCUGUACGAGGAUGCUGUGGAGAAGGAAAAGCGGUUCACUAUAUUCAAGGACAACGUCGAGCGCAUAGAAGCCUUCAACAUGGCUGGGAACAAGCCAUAUAAACUUAGCGUCAAUAGAUUUGCAGACCAAACCAACGAAGAGUUCAAGGCAUCUCGUAAUGGGUAUAAAAGGUCUACACAGCCAUCGUCGUCUAAAACAUCCUUCAGGUAUGAAAAUAUGACUUCAGUCCUCCCAAGUAUGGACUGGAGAAGCAAAGGAGCUGUCACCCCCAUCAAGGACCAAGGCGACUGUGGGUGUUGUUGGGCAUUCUCGGCUGUGGCAGCCAUGGAAGGGAUUACAAAGCUCAAGGCAGGUAAACUGAUCUCUCUCUCAGAGCAAGAACUGGUAGACUGUGACACCGCCGGUGGUGAUUAUGGGUGCGAGGGUGGUUUCAUGGAUAACGCCUUCCAAUUCAUCCAACACAACGGAGGCCUCACCACCGAAGCCAACUACCCAUACAAGCAAACAGACGGAACUUGCGACAAGAGGAAGUCAGCUUUGUCUGCAGCUAAAAUCAGUGGGUACGAAGACGUUCCAGCCAACAACGAGGUGGCGUUAUUGAAGGCUGUUUCCAACCAACCAGUUUCGGUGGCCAUAGAUGCCGGUGGCUUUGAUUUCCAGUUCUACUCAAGCGGCAUCUUCACCGGGGAGUGUGGAACCAACCUAGACCAUGGUGUUACUGCAGUUGGUUAUGGGACGAGCAGUGAUGGAACCAAAUAUUGGCUGGUGAAGAAUUCAUGGGGCACUACUUGGGGGGAGAAAGGGUAUAUAAGGAUGAAGAGAGAUGUGGCUUCCAAGGAAGGCCUCUGUGGCAUCGCCAUGCAAGCCUCCUAUCCUAUUGCCUAAUAGCUAUAGUUUUUAAAUCAUGGUUUUAACCCAAAACCAUAAUCAGUUCCAGAUCAAACGGUCCAACCGUCCGGUCCAAUUUUAAAAACCAUGAUUUAAAUUGCUUUAUCCUCCACGUUACUUGUUUUUUAAUUUGUGCUUAUUUU